AUGGAUUCAAUUGACGUGUAUCCUAGAUCUGACGAAGACAGAUUCCUCUCUGUUCCAUACGAAAGCCGAUGGGAACCCCUCAAGCGUGUCAUCGUUGAGCUCUACAUGGGAAAGUACGGUCCGGAGGGGAAGUCGAUGACUAUGCGCGAAGUUGCCGAGUUCAUGAAGGACAACUACUCAUUUUAUGCCGCAGAAACGCAAUACAAGCGUAAAUUUCGACCCUGGUGCAUUCGCAAGCGCACUCUUGCUACAGAGAAGAACGACAUCGUGAGCGUCCUCGGCAAAAGGGCGCGUCCUGGGAUGAGCACAUCAGAUGUGACACUCAGUCAAGGUGGUCUGGCCAAGUCAGUCGACUCGAAGCAACUCAAGAGACAUGUGCACAGCCAAAUACGUCACUACAAAGUUGAGCCACUGGUUCCAGGAGUUUUCACAACAUUCAAUAUGCCCUACCAGGCAUACAUCGCUGCCUCCAACCAAAAUUCUAAUUUGCCAUCACCUGGCUUUGUAAACGUCCAUAGUCCAGGGCCUGUUACAGCUCUGUCACCGACGAUGCACCUGGUGAAUCAAAAGGCUGUUUGGGAUAGAGCAAACCUUCUGCUAAAAGGAGACUUCAAGACACUUUUCGCGAGAUGUGGAGACGAAGAUCGCAUGUGA